CACUAAUCGAUAAAAAAAAUUAUAACAUGAUUGUUUUGAGGAAAAUAUAUACUUCUGUUCUUAUAAAAAAAAAGUUGACUUCUAUGAAGUUGAUCCAAAACUGAAACAUGAUGGACCGCACAAUAUUAUUAAAACUUAAACUUCAUAUUUAUUUAAACACUGCACACCAAAUUAGAGCAAGCUAGAAUCAGUUACAAGUAUCCUAUAGUUAAUAUUGAACUUGUUUUGCAGAGCCAUGGACCCGGAAAUAGUAAAGAAGCUAGGAAGCUCUCUUCUGGUGCCUUCUGUGCAGGAAUUAGCAAAGCAAGGCAUCACCAAAGUCCCAGAACGAUAUGUUCGACCCAAUGAAGACCCAUGUGUUGAAUAUGACACAACAUCGUUGCCACAAGUCCCAGUUAUCGACCUGAGCAAGUUGUUGUCUGAAGAUGAUGCUGCUGAACUAGAGAAGCUGGAUCAUGCGUGCAAAGAAUGGGGUUUCUUUCAGUUGAUCAAUCACGGAGUUAAUCCUUGUUUGGUGGAAUAUAUGAAGAAAAAUGUGCAAGAGCUCUUCAAUCUUCCACAUGAAGAGAAGAAGUUAUUGUGGCAGAAACCAGGAGAAAUGGAGGGAUUUGGUCAAAUGUUUGUUGUAUCAGAGGAACACAAAUUAGAAUGGGCAGAUUUAUUCUACAUUUCCACUCUUCCAUCAUACGCAAGACACCCCCACUUGUUUCCUAAUAUUCCCCGACAAUUCAGGGAUAAUCUAGAGAAAUAUUCUUUAGAAUUGAAAAAACUUUGCAUCCUAAUCUUUGAAUUUAUGACAAAAGCUCUUAAGAUCCAACCCAACGAAUUGCUAGAUUUUUUUGAAGAGGGAGGGCAAGCAAUGAGGAUGAAUUAUUACCCUCCAUGUCCCCAACCAGAACAAGUCAUUGGACUUAAUCCUCAUUCUGAUGCUGGUGCCCUUACAAUCCUUCUCCAAGUCAAUGAAAUGGAUGGCCUUCAAAUAAGAAAAGAUGGAAUGUGGAUUCCUAUCAAACCCCUCUCUAAUGCUUUUGUCAUCAAUGUUGGAGACAUGCUGGAGAUAAUGACCAAUGGUAUUUACCGGAGCAUUGAACAUAAAGCUACAGUUAACUCAGAGAAGGAAAGGAUUUCCGUUGCUACAUUUCAUAGUCCAAGAUUGACCGCAGUUAUAGGUCCAGCACAAAGCCUCAUCACUCCUGAAAGACCUGCAACUUUCAAUAGCAUUAGUGUAGAAGAUUUCUUCAAAGGGUACUUUUCACGCGAGCUGCAAGGGAAGUCAUACAUUGAUGUCAUGAGAAUCCAAAAUGGGUUAUAGUAAAAGGAUAAUUGACUUUAUGGGGCAGAAAAAUAAAACAAGAACACAACAAACAAUUGUGUGGCAUGUGGUACCUAUGCCAAAUAAUACGAUAUUCAUCGUGCAAUGAUUGAAGCUGAACAUCUUACCUUGGUAGGUGAUUUGGAUUAAUACAUUUACAUCGUUGGUUUUAAUGUUUGUUAUUUGGCCACGGGUCAUUACACUUUUAAUAUUAUUUAACAAUUCUUCUAAGCUUACUAAUUCAGACUAGGUAAUUUAAAUUACGUAUCUCACUUUAUGAUACUCAAA